AUGUCAACUUCAACAACCAUACAACAACAAAAUCUCCCUCCAGCUACCCCGCGUUAUAUCCUUCGCGGCCAUGCAUCUGCCGUCCAAGCACUCCAUUUCUUCGCAAGCAACACGUGUCUGAUCUCAGCGGAUGCGGAUGGUUGGGUUAUCAUAUGGGACGUAGCUACAAAGCGCGCCCGAGCAGUCUGGAAGGCUCACGAGGGAGCUGUUCUAGAAGUGAAGGGUUAUAAGAUGGGGCAAGGCAUGAUAAUAUACACACAUGGAAGAGAUCACAAAUUGAGAGUAUGGAGAAUCCAGUCACCAACUGAAGAAGAGCUGUUGAGUCGUGUCCUGCCCGUUGAAAGGAGCAAAGACGCAGAAAACCAAGCUCCGACUCCAGAACCGUGGCUGUUGCAUUCUCUGCCUGUGAACGCGCUAAACUUUUGUGCUUUCACCCUCUGUUUUAUACCAGCUUCAUUAGAUGGAAAAGUCGAUGAUACAGAGGGCGAGGCAUAUUUUGCAGUCCCUAAUGCACUCAACUCCGGCGCUAUUGAUAUUUCCCAUCUUCCCUCUGAACGGCGUGUGUCGACCAUACCUGCAGAUAGCUCGGUUCAGACAGGCAUGGUCAUGGCCGUCAAGAUACUAAUAGACAACAGCAAACCUCAGGAAACUCUUGUAUACAUGCUAUCGGGCUAUGAAGAUGGUCACGUCAUGGUCCAUGUCUCGCGACCACCUUCAGAGUCCUCCAAAACUUGGAACUGGAUUAAGACGUACGUCUCGCAACCUCAUAGUCAGCCGAUUCUGUCAUUGGACAGUGUGCAAGUUGAGGAGAAUUGGUUGCCCAAUUCUUUCUACACUUCAUCUGCCGAUGCUCUAAUUGUGAAACAUCCUAUUCCUUCAAUACCUUCUCAAAUUUCAUUCCAUAUCGAGAAUACGCCAUCGAAAGUACUCAAUACGAAACAUUCAGGACAGCAGGGCCUCUCCGUGCGAGGAGAUCAGAAAAUAUUCGCGACGGCUGGCUGGGAUGCGCGAAUACGAGUUUAUUCCUGCAAGACAAUGAACGAACUUGCUGUUCUUAAGUGGCAUAGCGAGGGGUGUUAUACCGUCGCUUUUGCUGAGAUGCUCUCGUCUAGCCCUACAGAAAGCCCAUCUACACCAGAUGACCCCGAUUCUACAUUACAAACUCAAACCUCUCCUCUCGAAAUAGUCCGACAACAAAGGAAUCAAAAAGCGCAACAAACGCAUUGGCUAGCAGCGGGCUCCAAAGAUGGUAAAAUAUCAUUAUGGGAUAUCUAUUGA